UCUUUCUGCAUGUAACAUGAUGGAACAUCUGGUGACUGGUCUGACAUACCCCGGUGAGAACAUCAAAGCUGCUGUAUGUUAUCUUUAUGGCAAGCUGUAUUCUGUUCCCAGUGCUGCAGAGAGGCUUUGUGUACACUUCACAGAGAGGCUAUGUGAUCUUUUUCUGGCUACUCUAAAGAAUGCACAGGCCAGGGAGCUGCAGCUUAAUUGUAUAGGCUUGUUAAGGCAGCUGCUGAAGUAUGAUUACUGUGUUUCUGUUAUUAUGAGUUAUUCAAGGAAAGGAGUAGAUUCUGCAAGCCCUGAGUUGUUUGAAGGAGACCAUCCAUUACCUCUAAUGCUCAAGAAGUUAUUAUUGUCAAGAGAUGAGAUAUUACAGAUAGCAAGUGCUCAGUGUAUAUCUGCUGUAUUGGUACACUCUCCAGCAAAAUAUGCUUCUGUUUUUAUUCAUGCAGAUAUUCCAGAGUUCCUGUUUGAGUGUCUCUUCUGCAUGAGUGAAAUUCUCAUCUGGUCAAUUUAUUGCUGCUUACUGCUCCUGACUGAGGAACAGCUUUUCUUUUCCAAGUGCUACACUGUCUAUGGGAUUGAACCUAUUUUAAGGAGCCUGAAAGAAAUCUUGCUUCUUAAUAAUACAGAAUUACAAAAGCAGGGACUUCUGCUGUUUACUGAAAUUUUGAAAAGGCAGCCGGUAGAAAUAAAACUAUUUGCAAAUAAUGCUCUCUUUAGAGAUGCUAUUAAUGUUCUUCUGGAAGCUGUACAUUCCCCAGUUCUUGAAGUAGCAGGUGAAGGUAUGAAAGCCGUAGCUGCAAUUCUGAGAAGGGAUCAUGUAAACUUGCCACCAAUAGAAUAUGGAGAACUACAGAAAUUGGUUGAAGGUGUACUGAAACGCUGCAGUGAUCUGUCACUGGCACCUUUUAAUAGGAGAUUCAUGGGUCAGCUACGGGGCAGACAUCAGAACAAAGCAAUUUCACAGCAGGGGCAGUUCCUGCAGAGUGCUUUAGAAAGCUUCAGAAAUGCUUGUAGGUUAGCUGUGGAAUGCCAGAAUGAUCCUGUGGCUCAGGAGAAUGCCUUUACUGCUCCCAAUUCGGAAAAAAAAGAUACACUGAAAAGCUUUUCUGAGUUUCUAAUGAGGAUGUGUGAUUCUCUUUGCAUUCCCAUAGUGAUGAAAUAUUCUGAAAGAGCUGUCCGUCCAGCUCUUAUGGAAAUCUUCAUUUCAACCCUCAGCAUCCUAUUCAGUAUAAUGCCACAUAUUUGUAAGAACUUCUCGAUUAAAUUGGCAACAUGCUGUUUCAUCAGACUAAACCUGGAACUGAAGGCCAAAUUCUGCACUGGUCAAAGUAAUCCUGCUUUGAAUCAAGCUUGUUCAAGCUUUCUACAUAGCAUGUGCCUCAGUCUCCAUUCCUCCUUGGAAAAGAUGGCAGAUUCCUCACAAGAGGAUCAAGAAAUAUCUGAACUUCUUCAGAAGAGUCUGCCUCAGUUAAAUUUUAGCGUACUGGAAAGCCUAAGCCUCUUAUCUGAAACCACAGAUUCCUGCAGUCUAGAUGAAACCCUUCGCAAUCAUCAAUAUAGCCUCCUACUUCUUUUCUAUAUUGCUUUUAGUCAAGAAGACAGGUUUGUUCCAGAAGUAGAGCUGUUCUCAGCAAUAAGAAGUUUCCUUCUGUCAGUACAGGACCAGGGCGACUGUCCACCCCCAUAUGUCUUCAAAGCUGUUUUGUACCUUCUAGCAAGCUCUCAGGACAAGAAUGAAACUUUAGACUUGGCUUCACUUUCUGCUAUAAGAAGGAUUCUGGAUGUUAUAGCUGACUUGAGUCUAGUAUAUGUCCAUCAUCCUCUGAUGCUUAAAUUCUUCCUGCGCUAUCCUGAGCUUAUGAAAAGAUUUGGUCACUGCAUUCUCCAGCUCUGGUUUUCCUGUGAAGACUACAGUCAAAUUGAAUCUGAAGAGGCAGUUAUAAGUGAUCCGGCUGUUUUUUUACAAUCCUUCCACAACCUAAAUAGUUUGCUCUGCAUGCUAAAGGGCAACCCCAGUGCUUUACUUAUGCUACUGGAUCUUAUCUGCUUUAGUACUAGUGAAGUGGUUCACAAAGUCUUGAUUACACUGAAGACAUUCUUGAAACUCAAUGAGGAUAUUCAUGUCUGUGAUCUUCUUCGAAACCAGUUUCUGCAGAUUCUGCAGAAGCUUCUAGUGGAAAAUAGUUCCAGCACUUUACCAGUUAACCAGAACCUGCUACUUUCAUUAAACCUUCUCUUCCUGGUACAGCUGAGAUAUAUAAAAGAGAGAGAGUUGGACAGUACAGAUUUCAGAUUGCUUCAUCUGGUCAGCAAUUUGUGCGGAAAAUGCAGCCCAGCAGACCAUGAAAUUCUUCAGCCGUCUCUGAAUUUUCUGUACUGGAGCCUUCAGCAGACAACACCUUCCAGUCAGCAAAGAGUGGUUGCAAUGCUGUUUUCCAAUACAGCUUUGCUUGAGCUACUUGAAAAAGUUAUCCACUGCACUUGGAUAGCAGCCUCUUCAUCUGAACCUACCUUUUCCUCAUCUGGGGAAGCACUUCUCUGCUCUGCUUGGCUGCUGACUGCUUCGCUCUUGACUCAACAACAUGCUUACAGUGCAGAGGUUCAUCAUAUAAUCUGUCUGGAUAUUGACAAGUUCUUCAGUGCACUUGCAUUUAGGAGGGAGAAGCCCUUAUUAUUCUUCGUCAGCAUCCUUCAAUUUCUGAGAGCCUUCUUUAGGCAGAACCUCUGCUCCUCAUUUGUGAAAUUUGUUGUUCAGCAAAGGAAGGAACAAUCGACAGAGGAUGCUUCCUUGUAUCCACUAGCCUUGGACCAUGUACUUUCCUUGGCUAUCCAUCUGCAGAAUCUAUUGGUCCAGCGGGACCUUUUGUUGUCACAAAGUGUUACUGGCUGUCUUGAGGUCUUACUAGCAUAUCUGCAAUCAAAGAAUCAGAGUAUUGCUUGCCAUAUUGCUUCACAGCCGUGGAAUAAAUUCUUGCUGAUCACACUUCUGGAUGGUGGCGAAAAUUCCUUUCUUCAGCCAGAAAUUCUUAGACUAGUUGCUAUAUUUAUAAGGUAUCAGAAAACCACAUUUUUUUUCCAAACUGAAAUUAGCCGCAUACUUGAAAAUGCAGCAAAUUCCAAAUUGACAGACCUUUCUGAUGUCACAGUUAGUACUCUUCGCUCCUUUCUUCUUCAGGUUCAAAGUGGAACAUGUCAAAUGGAUUCAUCGCAAACAGCUUCUGUCCAAAUCUUGCUGGAGAGCCUUCCAUCUACAAGCCAGACUCAUUCAACCCAUCAAGGCAUGGUAUGUCUUGGAGGCGUGGCAGUGUGUCUCUCGCACAUCAGAGACUGAAAUAAGGACACAAUACUGAGAAGAGCUCAUAAUACUGUAACGGAUUGAUAAGUCACUUGGCUUAUGCAUUUUCAUGUCAGGCAGAAGGCUUGGGAAGAAUAUAAUAGAAGUGAUUAGAACCUGCUCCAGAGGUGAUUUAGUAAUCUGUUCAGUAGUUGAAGCAUAAACUCCCUAAUUAAAAACUUAAA